AUGGCUCAAAAUAUGCAAGAAUACACCUCGCUCUGGUGGACCGAGGAACGAAUCAAGUCGACGUUAAAUACCAAAUAUAUCGUCAAUCAGCUACAGCCCCCAAAUGUGCCGAGGCUCUUUGAUCUUCCCAAAUGGGGAGAGGGUCUGACCAGUGAGACAUACAUGGAAUACAUCCUUCUCAAGGCUGGGCGUCUUUUCUUAAUCCUGAAUGAGAUCGGAAUUCCCGAUCGCAUUUUCGCUUUGGUGGACGAAUCAUGCGACGAUGACGACCUUCCUAUCGCCGAGCAGAAUGUCGACCGCUUGUCCUUAUCGCCCGACGGCAACGAUCCCUCCCUCGAUACGAAGUUCUUCCACGCGCAAUGGCGGUUUUCGGUACGCGGCAUUGGGGAAGGCGAGCAUGUCUCUUAUACUGGCAAUGAAGGUGUUCCCGUUGAGGUGCUGAAAACCAAUGGCAUCCACAACGAGCUUCAGGGUCGCGAUGAUUCGGUCGAUAAGGUCGUUCUUGCCGGAACUGUAUGCCGGGUGUUCAUGCGAACACAAGUGCAAGUAGGUGGUGCACCACAUUUCUUCUCUGCCGAUGAAGUCCUAGCGGAGAUCCGGGCCCUCCGCAAGCUCGCCCAUGAACAUGUUAUAUCCAUCUACGCGUCCUACUUUGUCGAUGAGAGUGUCAGCGUGCUUUUCACGGGUGCCGAGACGGAACGCACGCUACAUAGCUUCCUUACCGACGAGCCGCCGGCUUUCAAGAAGCUGCCCAAGGAGCAGCGUCGCCAGACCCUUAUUACCUGGCCACACUGUCUGAUGUCCGGACUAUCCUGGUUGCAUGCCCACGGCCACUUCCACGGCGCGAUUAGACCUUCCAAUGUCCUCGUGGACACUAAUUUCCAAAUAUGUCUGGGCCAAUUCCAUGUCCUCGACUCGUUGCUCGCACCACCCCGAGUCAAUGACCUCGAGAGCUACCACUACGCUGCCCCAGAGCGCUGGGUCCGCACCGCAGCACCAGUCCAACCAGUACAAGCACCAAGCCGGACACUCCUCCCAUCAGGAGGCCGAACAGGCCGAAGAAGGAAACCAGAAAAAACACCCCUAUCAACCUUGGACGAAAGCUCAGUCUCCUCACAAGACCUCCAACGCCCCGACUCCGCCGCCUCAAAAGGCACAGUAAUACGAAUUGGGCUCCCAAAUUCACCAUCCCGCUUCUCCUUCGCUUUCUCAUCCUCCUCAUCCUCGUCCUCGUCUUCAGCAGCUUCAUCGGGACACAGCGAGGCAACCCAAAGUCCCAAGCCGCCCGCCCUCAGCCGCAUCUGGAACAAAAGGCCCAAAGGCCUAGUCCCAACACCAUCAGUCACAUCCUCAACAUCAAGCUCCUCCUACUCAUCUGGCGCGGCGUCCAUCAUGUCCUCAAAUCCUCCACCCUCGCUGGCUCCCUCAGUGGCACCUUCAGUGGCUCCCUCAAUGGUACCCUCAAUAACACCCUCUCUUACAAACUGGCAAUCAGUCCAAACAAACCCCGCAGCCUCAGACCUCUUCUCCCUCGCAGCAAUAAUUCUCGAUAUCCUGACGCACCUCUGCAAACGCUCUCUAUCCUCCUUCGCCUCGCACCGCAGCGCCCGAAACCGCUCUGCAGGCCGCGGCGGCGGAAUGGCAGAUGCAUCUUUCCAUCUAGCCCGGAACGCAGUGCAAGUGCAAUCCUGGAUCGCGUUAAUCGAAGGCGAUGCCCUAAAACGCUGCAGAAGAGAUAGAGGCAGCGACCGUGUCUUCUGGGCCGUACCACGAAUGCUAAUCGUGUUACGGGCCAUGCUCUCACCAGAGCCGGAUAAAAGACCUAGCGCCAGGCGCGUACAGAAAUGUUUUGCGGCUGCUAUACGGGAAAUCCCGAUUAACAAGGGGAUCGGUGGUGGGGGUGGUGUUCCGUUGCAUUGCAUUAGUCCUGAGAAGACAGAAAAGAAGCAGCGAAAGGAGGAGGAGGAGAAUAGGGUUAAAGAGGCUGCCAGGGUUGAGGAGAUUGCUAAAGCUGAAGAGAAGAGGCUUCAGGUGAAGAAGUCGAAGAUGUCUCUGUUGACAACUUCGUCUACCUCCGAUUUCGAUUUUGGGUUCGAUGGGGGAAGUGAUAGUGAGGCGCUCGGGGAGAUGCAUGAUUAUGACAGUGAGCCUUCGUUGCUUGAGGUUGAUGAGGAUGAGCUUGCGGAGAUGGUGGAGGAUAAUCGGAUUUCUCCGCAGUUGUCUUUGCCUUCGCUGGAUGUUCAUUUAACGGGAAUCGAAGGAUUGACUAUUCAUGAAUAG